AUGCCCGCUGAGAUCGGCACGGGCGGGCAUAGGGUGCUGCACUGUGAUUCCCAUGCCGACCGCCCAAUUGCGAUAUCGAUUUACGUGCCGUCCCCGUCGAGCGAUGAGCGCCGAAUCAAUCGCGUAAACUCGCCCGUGAAAACGGUGUUCAACGAUGACAAAUUGAACGAGUCGCAGGGAGAAGCUCCGAAGGAUCAGCCACAAAAGACUGAACGUCGCGUGAGAAAAGCGGAGUCGUCAGACCGCGGGCGCGGAAAGAACCCAUCAUGUAAUCACGGUGAAAGUUCACCCACGAGGAUUCUGAGAAUCGCUGGCAAAAAGGAAACGGUCCAAGGCGGACGUCACUUCCUGGCAAAGAGUGGCGCGUCGCAGCGGCAACGAAGGGGAGGGGGAGGAGAGGAGGACGGCGACGGAUUUCUCGGAGCAUGUCGCGCGUCGAGGGAAUCUCCGUACGGGAACGAGGAUGUCACCAGGGACGAACGUUUCUCGGUCACGUGGAGCUCGCGGGAGGACGCGGGCGAGGACGGGAGGCUCGUGCGAGGAACGGAGUCGCGGCUGCACCGGGACGACGGGACGGAGCGAUAUCGGCUCGCAGUAGCGGAUGUGAGGGUGAACACGAUCGCGAGGCGUCGAAGUCUCCGGAAUCGAUCCUGGACGAGACCACGGCCGUCGUCGUCCCGCGGGAGUAGGGCGGCUCUCGACGCGGAUCUGAUCGGCGAUCAGCCGCGAACUACAGGGGGUGAUCCUCCUCUCUCUAGUCACCACUCGCGCGCUAUUCGCGCGGAGGUAGAAAUCUAUGGGGACGGACGUCGAGACGUCGACGAGAGGUUUCUCGGCGUGAAAUUCGGUAGUGAGACGCGGACGGAUGAAGACGAACGAUCGGACGAUCCGGGACGACGUGAUGUACGCCCGGAGGACAGGCGGGAUAAGAGGCCCGGCCAGGAUUCCACGGACAGGAAGCGGCUCGAUCGCGUUCGCUCUUUCCUGCAGCUGGCCGUCCUCGUCUUCCUAAUCGCGUUCGGACGAUACGGGCCGCUCGGCUCGUCCAGUGUGCUGGGAGUCAGUGCUAGACCGGUCGCGAACGGCUUAAGUGUUUUGGGAAUUAUCGGUGCAGUGAACGCGAGGUCAGUCGAUCUGACCGGCGACGCGGGUACGCGGGCCGAGAGAUCGGCCAAUCUCUCUCACAUCACCGGAACCUCGAGGAAAAUACAAAUGUAUAUCAUGAACCGGCACCUGCAGAUCCUGCCGGAUGGUACGGUGAACGGUGCCAAGAACGACAGCUCGAUCUAUACCAUCGUUCAAAGAUUAUCGACGGGGAAAGGAAAAAUAAAUAUCCAAGGUAUAGCGACCUGCCUUUUCGUCUGUAUGGACGUUUGCGGUUUACUUUACGGCGCGCGCAACGCCACAAAAGAGUGUGAGUUCAACGAGAAUCUAGAGCAACACAAUUACAACACGUACAGCUCGGUACACUGGUCCACGGCGAAGAAGACACUGUAUAUCGGUCUGAAAUCUAACGGCGAACCGAGGAAGGUGCAAGUCCGGGGUCAGCUGGGUAAACUGUCAACCAACGUUCGGGUGCUGACACAGGUGAUCUCGCCUGAUCGCCUGGAGACCAUGCUGAACCAGCACAAGGUGCGCCACCGCUGUCACCAUCGCCGUCAGGUUUGCGACGGCGUGGCGCAGCCACCGAUCUGUUCCACCCCGCCGCCCCGGGAGAAGGACGGCAGGGACAGGUUCAGAUGCCGUAAGCGAAAGAAAAGGCGAAAGCGGAAGCGAAGGUGCAGGUCGGGCGAGCAGCCCGGUCCCCAAUGCCAAGUCCCCGAGGAGUCGGUCGUGGAAUCAGUAACGAGCACCGAACCGAACUGGACCGCGGCGUCAUCGGAGAUGAUCGGGGGGGCCAGCAGCACCACGCCGGAAUCCAAGAGGUCCUGCGAGGGGGCGGCCAGCGAGGAGGCCUGCAGGCGGCAGGCCCUCUCGGUGCCGGCGAAGAAGCGGAAGUCGCGGAUAGACGGCAGCGGCGACGGCGGCGGCAGGAACCUCACGCUCAACGGUAAGAACAAAGCACCAAGGUCAAAUGCGAAAAAGCCAAACGUCAUCGUCGCCGACAGUCAAAGUAAAAAGCCUGAUUUAACGGACGGGAAGAAGAAGAGGAAGAGGACGAUGGGCCAGCAGCAGACGAGCCCGGGGAGCACGGCGGCGCCGGCAUCCCGGAGGCAGUACGGGCCUGGCACGACAUCCUCGUCCCGGGGCUCUUCGUCGCUAACGGCGCCCGUCAGCGAGGAGCAGCGAGCCUCGACAGCCACGUUGUCCUCUUCGCCGUCUCCUCCUGGUGCGUCAACCGCUCUUUUCUCCAUCAGAAGGCCGAGCUCGCCACCGUCUGACCGUAAAAAGUCAUCGCCGUCCUCGAGGAAUCACCUCGCGAGACCGAUGAGUAGAAUAGAAAAGCUUCUUUCGGGUAACGCGGGUUCGCCAGGUCGACCGAGAUCGAUCCCAGAAAUGUCGGCGACGUCGAGGAGCGUAAUAGCGUCCCCACCGUCAACUACCAAAGUUCCUGAAGAUAGAUGCGCCUAUACUACAACCCCUCAGCCUGAAUUCUCGCCAGUUCCCCCCUCCUCGUCCUUAUCCUGGCAGGAAUCCGGCGAGGAUUCCACGAGUUCGCUAUCACACUCCUCGCUCGUCGACGAGGAAUCGUCCUCGACCAUCACAAGUGAACUUGCGAUCCUAACGGUAGAGUCCAGCACGUUGGCAGCCUCCGGCGAAGUUAUCGCGGAAGCUACAACGUUCAGACUGAACGAAAGGAACUGCGAGGACGGUGAUUUCGAUAUGACCGAUACGAUCUCACGGACUACGACGAGAUUCCCGCUGGAGAGACUGGCGAUGUGACGCAUCCCUCGGAUGGCCGAAGGCUGAUUUGUGCGCAAAUGUCGUUGUAAACUAACGUGUACAUAGCAAUCACUCUCUACGUUACGACUUACUCCACAUUCAUGUGACGAGCAGGUGACACACGACGUGUGUCGUGCUGAAAUUUUGAUACUCGCUGCAGUAUAAGGGGGCCGAUAUAGUUGCUAUUUCGGUGAGGUCGAUUUAUAUAAACACUUAAAGAAAUUAAAUUAAAUGUAAAUCGAAAAUGAGCAAAACGGUAAUAUUUAUUCGUCAUAUCGCUUUUAAAUCUCAAUCAGACUUAAAUAAGAUUAUAAAACUUUAGAUAAAGAUAAUAAAGAUUUAAUUAGGCAUUAAAGACAUUUUAACAUAAUUAAAUUGCUUUAUUAAUCUAAUUAUCAAAAUUUAAUUCUAUCAAUAUAAUUGCAACUAUAAAGAUGUAAAAAAAAGAACAAUCUUUCAAUUUUUAGAAAUCUCUUAUAUUAAAUUAAUUUACUAUAAUAAUAUUAAGGAAAACAUGUCUUUAAAUAUGUUCUCCGAAAAUUUCUUUAAAUAUAAUCCUGCAAUUAAAAAAUUACAGUUUCUUGAACGAUGAAAAUACUUUAAGAUAAUAUCAAACUCAAAGAUCGUCAUAAGAGAAUUAUUUAAAAUUUGAUAGCAUGUAUACUAAUAAACAUUAAAGACAUCGAUAUUAAUAACAUAUUUCGUGCAACGAGAAAGACAUUGUGACACACACUGAAAUAAAAAAAUCCGUAACGGUAGUAAAUUGCGUUCACCGAAAUCGUUUCGAUAUCGAUUCCCAAGCAUUUACGGUGAGAGACGCGGUUCGUGUCGAGAAUCGAUGGACAUUUAAAAAAAAGCGAAGAAUACCUGAUCACGUUUGUUUGAACAAGACAAGAGCGUGCCGGCCAAUGCGUGUCUCUCUCAUGCUCGUUAUCCGAAAGGGGUAAUUACCGGUGGCAUCGAAAUGAGAGAAUAUCAAACCGCCAGAUAACGAGCACGAAAUAAUUUUAAUCUCAAAGUACUUCCUGGCUGCAAAACAGGUCAUGCGUAUCACCUAGAUGGUACCGCAGAAUUGUAAUUUUCAUUGGAUUAGAAGCAAGAUUAUUAGCUAGUUUCGAUUCUAUUGCAGCACGGUAAGUCGACGUAAUGCAUGCGAAACGUGCCAUUUCUGACCUCGGACAAUAUUUGUUUGCCGAGUACUUUUAGAUCAAUAUCCUUUUUUUUUUUUAGAGAAAUUUAUAAUUUCCAUAUAACUAUGUAAGAAUUUAUAGAUAAAGCUUGUUUGUAUAGGACUCCGAAAAAGCUCUAUAUAUUGCUCUAAAAAUACUUCCGUGCAAAAUUGAGCUAUUUAUUUUGAAAAAAGAAAUGCAUGUCGCAUAUUUUAGAUUUAACUUACAUUACUUUCAAAGUAAGGAACUAUUCAUAAUCAAAACAAUGAUAAUUUUCUUAUACAACUAGAUGUCUUCGAUAUCAACAUCUUUAAUAGCUUUAACAACUGCAAAGUAUUUCCAGCAUGACAAUUUAGGUAUGUAUCAUCAUAAAUUAUAAAUUUAGAAAUUAAUGAACGUGACCGUAUUAUUCUUAAUUAAUGUUACUAUUAGGCACAAAAGCAUGGAGAGAGUAUUAAUAAAUCCAUUUAGUCGUACAAAAUUGAGUGAGGAAAAUACAAGGGGGUCAAGAUCUGCAUUAAAUGGCAGUAGAUAAAUAUGAAAAUGUAAAUUGUAAAAGAUUUAGAGGCAGAGACCGCGCAAUAAUAUUGGCGCGGGUUAGAAAAUAAUCUGAGCAGAUUAUAACGUAAAAUUAAGACGUUGUUUCAAAUGACAGAUUUUAUCUGAAUUGUUGAACAAAAUACUUUCUUGACAUGAACCGCUUUCAUCUCGCCAACAUAUCGACGUAGAAAAUUUUCUGUACAUUACUGCCGAUCUUCGUCCUAACUAGCGCGAUUAGCGCGUCAAGAAUGAUGAUAUUUUAGCAAGCGAGGAGAGUAAGACAAUAAGAGACUUAAAAAAAAAAGAGAAACGGCGUAUGAACGAUGAAAUCAAUUUGACUUACGAGCAUAAAAUACGAUUAUUCUCGGGGCGAUAAUAGAUGUCAAUUUAAUUGAGGAGACGAACUGUUCAAUAAAAAUUAGUUGCCUCGUGACGAAAUUACGCUUUACGCAUUUCGUCGAAAUAAAGCGAAGCGUUUUCAAUUACACUACGUAAUGAGAUAAUUUUUUUAACUAGCAUAAAUUACAUACAAAUUGUAGGUUAUGGAAAAGAUAUAUUUCAAGAGCCACCUGUUUGUGUUUAGAUACCGCGAGCUUGAGGAAAUUCCUGCGAGCGAUUAAUCAAAUUGCGAGUUUGACUCGCGAUAUCUCGCAAUCAAAUGCUGUAAAACGCAAUUUCUACGGGCGACGUAUGUAUAAUUUGAAAUGCGUAAAGUAAAUUUCGUUCGACGUAAUCUCAGUAUUUAUAAUGGAGCAUAGUGGAGAGAGAGAAAGAGAGAGAAUACUGGCUUUCUUAUUUUACCAAGGAGAUCGAUUAAUCAGGUCGACACGAAUUGCAUAUGCUGGUCAUUCGAGUUCCAUCUACUCGUUAUUCCUCGCGCCUCUAAUUUUAUUUCAGGAACUCGUUUCGCGACGGGCUCAACAGUGCCAACGUGAAAAUUGUGAAGAACUUACUUAGCGUUUCCAUUAUAUUAUAAUUACAAUUUAUUAUAGUCCAGAUUUUGAAGUCGCAUGCAAAUAUACGAUUUAUCGUUGCGUGAAAUAUUUAAUCAAAGUUAUUAUGAACAAGUAGUCGAUAUAUUUAACUUUUGUUAAAUAUAUUGCAAUAAAUUUUUUAAUAUAUUUACCAAACUCUGUUUUUCGUGGCACUGUGCGAGUUUCUCGCAACGAAAGUAAUGCUUAUUAUUUUUGAAUUCCACAUAAGUUGCAAUUUAAUUUCACAAAAUCGAUUACCAAAAUAAAUAACCCAAAAAGAAAUGUUUCUAAAAUAAAAGAUUGAUUGUCUCAAUGAGUAAUGAAGUAAAUAAUAUGUGAUGCCAUAUAACAUACAAUACUCAUUUAUAUUCACAAUCUUUAUUAUAGGUCGGCAUUUAAUAUUUGAAAAUUGCUUGAUUAUCGAGUACUUAAAAAAUUCAUUCCGUUGAAUUAUUAUUUAACAAAAAGUCACAUCUCCUUGUUUCUCGAAGUAAAAGUUUCAUCGAAUCUAGAUAAGUCUGUUGGAAAAACCUCGCUGCGAUUUUUGCUUUUUUUUUUAGAAUUUAUUAUGUAGCAUAUUUAUUAAAGACUUAUUUAUUUUAAACAGUUGACUCCGUGUACAUAAGUCUACGAUCAUUACUCAUCAAUCACGCGCAUUGAUCAUUUGUUUUAUGUAUGUUGUGUCUGUCCUAUAGGUACCCGAAUCCGUUGAAAAUAUCGUCGUUCUGCUCAGAGAUUUUAAUACCAACAUGACAAUAAAAUAAAAUAUAAAUAAUAUCGGAAAGUAAUCAUUUUUCAUAAAUUAUAAAAUUUUAUAAAUUUUUUUCAAUUAUACUCUACACACAGCGUAAAAGAUCGUAAAGUAAAUAUUUUCAUUGAAUUAAAUGCGAGAUGGACGCCUGCCAUUUUAUCACAGUAAUAUCAAAUUCAAAGCAAGUUGUUUCCCAUGCACGACAGAGCACAUUAUAUCGUACGUUUGAUAAUAGUUAAUGACAAAAUGAGCGACUACUUCCGCCGGAAUUGAAAUUGGACCGACGUGUAACAAUGUUCUCUAUUUAAAUAUUCAGCAUAUCAUAUAUAUAAUGUGUAAUAAUAAUGCUGCAGACUAUUUUUCUCGUCUACGAAAAAUAGACUUGUAGAUUUCCUCGUCUUAUUCACAGUAAGAAUUUUGUAAUUCUCGGUAUUACUCGGCAUUAUUAUGAAAAACGUUUCACAAUAAUGCAUGUAGUCAUUUGCCUUUAUAAAUAAAUUUUAAUGUAUAUGUAAAAAUUAUAUUUUUUUUUACAAUUCAAACAAGAACUGAUUUCUAACGGAACAAAUACAUUGUCAAAUAUAUACAAACACAGUUCAUAUUCAUGCAGAACUAAACGAAGGAAAUAAAAAGUAUGAAUUACUCUGGACACUUCUCUCGUUUUGCAAUCGGAUACCAUUAAUAUGAUACACACAGAUUAACAUAAUAUGCACAGAUAUUUUCAACGGAUUCUGAAUAAUUUCAAUAAGCAUGCUCUGCGAGUGCGAGUGAGAUAAAAUGAGUGGUUCGACGAUACCAAGGGUAAAAGACAACUCUUACGAGUGAAUGCUUAUAAAUAAAACGGCAAGGUUUGUAAAAUUUGGAAAAGUGCACGUGGAUGCGCGAGUGUGAUGCUUGUCAAUUGUCACGGCUAAUUAUUAGAUUAAUUAACUACAUAGAUAAAAGAUAUGUAGUGUUGUUUUAUUCAAUUACAUUCUCUAUUCAUUAAUUAUAAAGAUGGAACAAAGUAACAUAUUGUUUUAAUCGUUACUACAAAAAUUUAAUUUCGUGUCUUACUAUUACGUUUUCGGACUCUUCCAGUAAAAUAACAUAUUUGCCACUUUUUACCUCAUUUAUUAAAUAUCCAAGAAAGAAUUUCUAUAAUAUAAUAAGAAAUUAAAUAUAGCUUUUUUUUAAAUUUAAACUACAUUUGUAAAAAAAUUAUUAUGAGACAAUUUCCGCUAUUAAUAAAAAAAAAACUUAAUAGUAUAAAGCUAUCAACAGCAAAAUGAUAUGCAGACAUAAUCGCAUCGUCGGCACAAUUCUGGAUUCAAAGACGGAAACAGAACCAGUUUAGCACUGCCAUGUUUAAAAUGUAUUUAAUUUUCAUAGACUGAAAUUAUUAAGAUCAUAGACAAAUAUUUUUAAUUAAUAAAAAUAAUAAAUGCGAGGAGGCCGAUUGAAUUUUAUCAGCGGAUAUUUAAUGUAAACCAGACACUUCAAACGAGAUACGUAAAAUAUCCGCCCGCAGGACGAUUGUCCUCUCUUAACCAAAACACAUUGCCAUUUUCGAUUAUCUUGUGAUAUAAAUCCUCAAAAUUUGCGACUUUUUUUCUCUUUUGUCCUAUUCCUGAAAAAUACAUUUCUUAUCAUCGUCUUCGCGAAUGAGAAUAAGAAGGAGAGGGAAGAGAUGGGAGCAAAAAAUAAUGAAAAUUGACGAAUAAAUUGAUUAAAUGAAUUUCUGAUGAAUCUCUGAUCAAAUUUGCGCAUCUUGCUCGCUCAUCUUUUCUUUCGCUUCUUGAACACAAGACCCCACCAUAUCGUCGCCAUAUAAUUUUUAGAAAUAAUAAAAGAAAUAUAAAGAAAGAUAAUAUUGAAUAUAACGCUGCGUUGUUUUAAAUUUCAAUAUAUACCUCAUUAUGUAUUACUUGCAUUCCUAGGUGUAAAAUAAUUUUAUAUUAUACAUGAUCCUACAUAUAUUGACAAUACGAAUGAACGUAAUCUAUUUUCCCUUAUUUUAAUCUCAGUUUAAAUGUAUAGCUUAAAUUAUGACAAUAUUUAUAAACAUUUCUUGUACAUUUUUAUUUGAAAAAGAUAUUAAAAAAAAAUAUUUAUUAA